GGACUAUCACAGCGUUGUAGCCAGGAGCCACCGAGGCCGGGACACGGGAGGACAUGGUGGGGGUCUUCACGCUUUGUCGGUGGUCGUGUCCAGGCUGUGAGCCGUGAGAAAUCCUCACCCUCAAGCAAGAAGCCAUCUUCUCGUCAAGACAACCUUUAAUGAAUUCUUCAUUUACCGCCUUCUACAAGAGUCUUGCUGCAUUACCGGGAUUUCUGCUGUGCAGAAAUGACAGCCAGGCAGAAAAGAGACUCCAGAGCGACUGGCAAAGUGUCCUCAGACCUAGGACCUGUUGCGCCACACUCAAGUCAAUCCCUAUAUACAAGCAGAGCACACAAAUCGGAAAGUCUCCCCAGCAUUGCAGGCAUUGGGCUGGGAAUUCAAGAUGUCAGGUCAGUCAGUAGUGUGCCAGUCACGAAGACGGCCAAAAGCUUUCUCACCAUUGUCAAACCUGAGAAACCUGGGAAGAGUGCUGUCAGCAAGGCAGUUCAGGUAUCCUCUAAUGAGGAACAUUUGUUGCUUUCAAAAAUAGAAGCUUUAAAAAAAGAAAUUUGUUUGCUGAAAUCAUCUUUAAAAGAGAAAGAUAAUCUGGUUACGGAGCUGAAUGAAAUCAUCAAAACCAAGACUAUGCAGUUUACCAGAGACAUGGAAAAUGAAAUAAAUGGCCAUAAAACCACCAGGCAGACACUGGAAAGAAGCCAGAGGAUAGUGGAGGAGAAGGAGCAGCUACUGACUGAAAGUAUCCAGCAUCAUGAGAGAGUCCAGCAAGAUCUGCAGGAUCAGUAUGAAGAGAUGCUGGCAUCACUACGGGAGCAAACCCAAAAGGAGGUCAACAUCAGGGAUGAAAGGAUCGAUAAACUGAAGCAGCAGAUCUCAGCGCUUUUCAAAGACAAGUCAUGGGAACAUAAGAAGCAGAUCGAAGAACUUCAGAAGGAACUGAAACGAUUGGCAGAAGAAGCUCAUGUGCUUCGAGGACAGAUGAAGAGACAAAACGUUUCAACACAUGAAUGUCAGAGGUGUAAGUCACUGAUGUCGGCCCUCGAGGACAGCCGGUUACAACUAAAACUGAAGAACAGGACAAUAGAAGAACUGCAGUCGGUGUGCCAAGGAUUUCAACAUCAACUCCAGGAACAAGAGAAAUUGCAAAGUUUACUUGUAGACAAAGACAGCAGGAACCAAAAAUAACCCAAAGAAGCCGGAAUCCUGCAAGUGCUUCAUCACUUUUCAGUGCCUUACCGCUGGGAGAUUUGUAUGACCAGAUCAGCGGCUUCUGUAAUAAUUGUAUAAUGGUCCUUAAUCUGUGCUAAAUCAGAACACAAAGCGAUAUGAAAUGGAAGAUGUGGAGUGGUGUCAUUACUACAAGUCCACUUAUGGAGGUUUUAUAUCCUGCCCAGGAGGCUCAGCUUUCUGCUCAUUUUCCAGAGGAGCGGUGCUGUGCUUGUGUACAGAUCAAUCUCCAUGUAUCACAUUAUUAUGACCACUUCUCCUGUAGAAAGUAUACACAGUGUCUCGUGCCAGAGGAUACAUUUGGUGUACGGUCAGACACUCUAUGCCACCUAUUAGUCGGCUUACUUUGUGACAGACAAUGUCAUAUCCGUACGCCAGUCUUGAUCUCCCUGCAGAUGCCUCUUAAUAAAUUAGGUGCACGCCUGCCAUGCACCAGAUACUGAAGUCUACGCUGGCAGACUUCUGCCACUACCAAUGCUAUAAAAAAAUGCCGAGAAGGUUAAUAAAGUCGCAAAUUAUGGUGCUCAAGACGUGUGCCAUAAUUUGUGACUUAUUUACGCCACAAUAGUGGCCUAAAGGUCUUGAUAAACGCCCCUGAAUGUGUCAAAAUUUAGGUGCAAGAUGAUGCAUCAAGCAACUCCCCUUGGCGAUUGAGCAUGUGAACGUAGCCUUAUAGGCAUUGCAGUAUACCAAUGGAGUGCUGGUCCCGGAUCCAUAUCCGGCACAGCCACCGAGAAUAACAAAAUGUAAAUCAUUUAGAAAAAUUAUCCGGAAAAAAAACCCAGCCACAAGUGUCUUAUAAAUAUUUAGAACAUUUAUUUCAGAUGACAUAGCACGCUGCCAUUUGUUUUAUUAAAAUAGACUAUUUUAUUCUGAUCAGAAAGAUCGAGAACUGUAAUUAUUUACAACAGUUUCCUGACAUUACAGUGGAGCAGGAAAGCAUCUCAUACACCAGGCUGACAUCUCCCACGAGGACUGUGGUGUGGACGAUGCUCGGAAAUCAGCAUGAUGUCUAAGCCACGUGACCGUACCCUAAUAGUGUGAGAACAACAGUGACAUAUGCCAUCAAAUACCCAUAGUAGUCAUUCACAGCCUUGUACCUUUUCUCCAAAAGCAAUUCAUAGCAACUAAUGCGAGACCAAUUAGUCUGGAAUCAGAUGUGUUCUUGCGAAAAAAGGUUUAGACUUUUGGUAAAUCUUGUCCAAAUAUUCAGAAAGAGGGAACAUGUUAUCAGCCAUGCCCUCUAUGUAGACAUCACGUUAGCCGUCUAAGCGCCAUCUCAUAUGGGCGUGCUUUAUACAGCCUUUCUGGAUUCAUUAGAUUUGUUCUCGCCAAACUUUAUAGCCCUCAUUUUGUUUAUGCCUGGACUAAAACAUAUUUCCACGUAGCUAGAUCCAUGUGAUGACUUCUCCAAGCUCAGCUGAAGAGAACCGCACCUACUAAAUGCCAGCAGCAGAACAGAGGGGUGAGAUCUGCUCUUCUAAGGCUGGUUUCACACGGGCGUUGCGGAAAAAUGUGCGGGUGCGUUGCGGAAACACCCGCGAUUUUUCCGCGCGAGUGCAAGACAUUGUAAUGCGUUUUGCACUCGCGUGAGAAAAAUCGCGC